UUCUGUCACUCGGUGGUUGUUUUGAGCAGCUGCGGCAGCGUCUCGUGUGUUUAUUUUUGUGGUAAAAAUAUUGCAUUCUGCACCGUUUUCUGAGUGCAACGUGAGACGGAAAUUCGUUCCUGAGCUUCGAAUGAACCUUCGCACGUAAAAAGUGUUUAUAACUAAAUAGCUAUACCAAUCGCCGUACAAGUUUAUCGCUUGCCUUUUGACCACAAAAUGCCUUUCGCAAUCGUGGAGGCACAUGAUGCGGGAGAUGCUAACAAACAGCUCUACGUUGUGCCGGAAGGAUGGCUUUUGGAUACGGAACAAACGGAAACGAUUCUACUGUGGCCAAGGUGCGAUGGUCUAGAAAUGUACAAACUGUUAACCGACGGUGAAAGUGUGGCCAACACCAAGUGGAUAAAGAUGAAUUGCACAGUGAAAAUGAUUAAUAUACCAAACCUAUCCGUUGCACAUGGGCAUGUUUCCAAGCUGAAAGGAGAAUGCAUUGAACCAUCGGAAGCCACUGCUUCGCAAGUAGUUCAAAAAUGUCCAACGCCUAGCCCCUUGGAGGAAGAAUGCUCUAACGUGCCUUGCAAAGAAGAUAUCAGUGAGGAAAAAGCUGAAUCAUCCUUUUCCAAAACACACUCAAAAACAAUGGAAAUUGCACCCGCAUCGGUGCGAACAAUAUCCGAGAAAGAUUUCUUCAACUUUCUGCUAAAAGUUAAUCAAAAAAUCACCCUGCUGGAGGCGUUGGUUCGCAAAAUUACCGAUAAAGUGGUUUACCUCGAAGCACAGGCGCAAAUGCUCCAAAGCCGACUCAAUUCUCGAACUGCCCCAAAGCAGCCCAUGAUCAGCGAUGUAGACUUUAAGCAAAUCGAUUGCUUGCAGAGCCUAGAAAGCUUCAACGAAAAACUACUCGACAAAGAGUAUCAGGACAAAAUGUACCAAUGGCUAAACGCGCAGAUUACCGAAGUGAAGAGCGAAAACCGCAUGACAGAGGCAAUCGAUAUACUGUUUACCAAGCGGUUCAUGACAAAGUGCAGCUGGACGGGGGUAGGGCGGGGCAGCGAAAAGAUCGCCAUGAUGCGUAUGGUCAACAUUAGCAAGCUUUUUCGGCGCGUCGGCACGACCGCGGGCGUAAUCGUGAACCAGCGGAUGGUGAUGCUGUUUUUCAUGAAAAAGCUCCGGAAUGCCGUCCGCCGGAGUGAGAUGAAGCAUCUGCGCCGCAGCACUUCGCAUAAUGUUCCCUCGCACAAGGCAAAGACCGAAAGUCAAUAAAAUGAUUAUCUCCUAGCGUCGCUGCAGGUUGCCGUACUGUUAGUUUA